GAGCCUAUCGAGCCAACAACAAACGUUGUUGUGGAUGUACACGCAGGAAACGCGUUGUGAUCGAGGUUAACAAGCAUGUUUCUUUUCUCCUUCCAUCAAGGGAACUCUUGGGCGUCCUGCAUAGGUGGGAAGAAAAGACAAUCGCCCAAAAAUUAUGCCUCGUGUUCUUCUGCCUCUAUUCCCUAGACCAAGACUCCGCUCAAGUGCCAUAUAGGCUUGCAGCAGGCAUCCUGGGAGCCGUACACUUCCUGGUUCCCUUCACAUUGAUUCGCUCAUACCCUGACGAUACUGACGACACUGCUACACAUUGCUGAUACCCGUGAUACCUGCGAUAUCGGAUAUUGAACUCAGAAUUGAACUCUGACCAAGAUGAAGCCCGCAUCGGGCACCCGCAAGCCUUACAGUGGGACGACGCGUAGUCUCGUCCUCGCCCUUGACAUUGGAACCACUUUCAGUGGUGUAUCCUACGCUAUCCUCGAACCUGGGGAAGUCCCCAAGAUACAUGGUGUUACCCGCUUUCCUGGACAGGAACAUGUUGCUGGCAAUUCAAAGAUACCCUCCAUCAUGUAUUAUGAUCGACAUGGCCUCAUGAAGGCCGCAGGUGCUGAGGCAGACGGUGCUUCCGUUCUGGCUCAAGCAGAAGAUGAAGGGUGGAUUAAGACUGAACUUUUCAAACUUCGUCUUCGCCCCAAAACCAUGACCCUCAAAAUGAAUGGUAUGCGACUUUCCCCUUUGCCAAAGGGCAAGACAGCCGUAGAUGUUUUUGGCGACUUUCUCUCCUACCUUUUUCGCUGUACCCGAUCCUUCAUCAUUGAUACCCACGCAAAUGGUCAAGCACUCUGGCAUGCCGUUGAGCAUGACCUCCAGUUUGUCCUGAGCCAUCCGAAUGGAUGGGAAGGGGCCCAACAGAUGAAGAUGAGGCGAGCGGCGGUGUAUGGAGGAUUGAUUCCGGAUACAGAUGAAGGAAAAGCAAGGAUCAGGUUUGUCACAGAGGGUGAGGCAAGCUUGCAUGCUUGUGUGUUGAAUGGAUUGGCUGCGGACGUACUUUCGAACCCGUCUGGUCAUGGAUUUAUUGUCGCCGAUGCAGGCGGAGGCACACUCGAUAUCAGCUCGUAUGCUAUCCGAGGCACCCAACCCCUCGUCAUUGAGGAAAUUGCACCUCCUGACUGUGUAUUUGCUGGUUCGGUCUUCGUCAGCCGACGAGCCCGUGCGUUCUUCGAAGAGAAGUUGAGGAACUCUAAAUACGGUACUCCGGACUCGCUUGAUCACAUCACCAAGCGAUUUGACGAGACCACCAAACGUUUGUUCCGAGAUAACAAGGAAAUGCAAUUUGUUCCUUUUGGCUCUCCUUUGGAUAAGGAUCAGGCAGCAGGAAUUCGAGUUGGACAGCUUAAGUUGACUGGUCUGGAAGUGGCUGCUCUGUUUGAGCCGUCGAUCCAGGCCGCGGUUACUUCCAUCCGAAACCAGAUUGAAGCUUCUGGAGGCACAAUCAAGUCUGUUUGGCUUGUUGGCGGUUUCGCGGCUAGCCCUUGGCUUUUCAGCCAACUUCAAGAAUACCUUACUCCAUUAGGAGUAGUUGUCAGUCGACCGGAUACUCAAACGUCAAAAGCAGUAGCAGAUGGGGCUAUCGGUUUCUACUGCGAUCACCACGUCUCCGCCCGAGUAUCCAAGUUUAUGUACGGUGUUGAAUACCUGCGUGAAUUCGAUGCCAACGAUGAAGAGCACCUGGCGAGGAAAAGUCGGCUUUUCGAGCUGCCGUCUGGUCCGAAGUUGUUACCGGAUGCAUUCGAUUGCAUUCUUUCAAGGGGUGUGAAAGUCAAGGAGUCUACGGUAUUCAGCCGGAAGUACUGCACUGAAGUGACCAAUCUCAGUACUUUGUCCGUGUUUGAAGUCGAGAUUUGGUGUUACCGCGGUGGAGACACUAUUCCGAAGUGGAUUCUGCGCAAUGCGGAAAACUUCUCCACGUUGUGUUACGUCCGCGCGGAUUUGUCCCCACUGGCCGGUAGUGCCCAACCGAAAGAUGGCAGGAAUGGCAAGAAAUACUGGACGAUCGUGUUCAGUAUCGAGAUUCACUUCGGUUUGACUGAGUUCAAGGCAAGGAUCAAGUGGCAAGACAAUGGUAAAACACGAUACGGCCCCGCUUCUAUCGUCUACAAUGAGGGUGGACACCGAGCAGAUGAGGAUGAAGCCGACAGUCUUCCCGACGACGAUCCAUCAACGUACACAAAUCAUCGCUCCGACAGACAUCGUUCAUACACUUCCUCCCGUGCUCCGUCUCGCGAUCCCAUGGUAUCUUCCUCUAAACCCUCCACACCGACGACGUACGCGCCUCCGCACGUCGAGUUCCCUACCAAGUCUUCAUCGUCACGAAGGCAGAGCAUCGACUCUGGUCGUACUUAUGACCGUGACCCAAGUCGUAUCUACGACAUGCGCGAUCGCAAGAUCUCGCAGACGUCUUCGGACAAUUGGCGUGAACGGGAGAGGACUCCGAGUGCAGUGGAUAAAGGAAAAUCGAGAGAGAUUAUACCUGAGUCACUGAGCAGGAUCGGCGAGCGAGAUCGGUUGGCAAAUCUUUCUGCGAAGUCAACUGAUAGCAAGGCGUCGACAAAGAGUAAUGCUACUGCUCGUUUGAGCGAACAACUUAACUCUGUCUGGGGUCCCGCUGGAUCCGCUGUACCAUCAAAGCAACCUACGCCUUCUGCAUCUCCUUUGGUGGAGGUCACGACCGUCAGUGCCGCCCCAUCCACGGAAAAUAAACCUGCGUCUGUCGUUAGCUCAUCGAAACUUGCCACUCCGCAACCAGCUUCAAAGGCUCCGACUCCCAAGCCUGCCGCCACUCCAACAGUUGCCUCCAAAGUCGCUACCCCGCAGGCCACGUCGAAAGCCGCGACUCCUGCCAUUUCAAAGGCUGGUACACCUCAACCUGCGACGAAAAGCCUGUCAGGUUGGGGCGAUGCCCCCAAAGCACCUACUCCAGCAUUGACGUCCAAGGUACCCACUCCUGCUGUGUCUAAAACACCUUCGAAAGCACCCACUCCUUGGGCGACCUCGAAGGCACCAACGCCCAGGUCAUUGUCGAAGGCAGGAACACCUACCGUUGAACGUGCUGAGCCUUGGCCAGAAGUUAAGCCACCGACGCCCAAGGUUGAGUUCGAUCUUCCACCUGAACAGUCGGCUGCUCCUGCUCCUCAACCAUCCGCGGCUGAAUCUACACAUGCUCCUGUGGAAGACAAACAUGAGCCACCUGCUGCGACGGGAGAGCAUGUCGCUGAGCACAACCACCAGGAAACGUCUUCACCUGCAGCGGCUGAGAGCAGACCGGCGGAACCACCCACUGCGCCUGUCGUACCUGCGUCCGACCUUGUGAACAAGAGCGGAGGUGAACUUGAAGAUUGGGUUAAUGUCGAUCAUCAAAACAAGGACGGGGGAACGUCCAAUGCAUUGCUCGACAAUAAUGCUUCCAAUAAUAAGCCAGAGGGAGGCGGAAGUGGAGGUAUGGAUGACCUAUGGGGCGCUGAUAAGACCACGGAGCCCGGUAACUUCUCUGAUUUCCUCAGCUCUUCGGCUUGGGACAAGGGCUCCGGUCCUGCUCCGGCUGAGACCAAACCUGAAGAGAAGAAAGAGACACCCGGCGCUAGUACUUGGGGUUCAGGCGGUGGAUGGGGCUUCGGCUCCUCCUUCGGUUCUGCCAGCAAAGACAAGGGUGUGUCAGCCUUUGGUAGUGGCGGUCUCGGUUCGACAUGGGGUUCAUCUGGAGAGUCGAAACCGAGCGUGUUCGGUGCUUGGGGAUCGACGACCGACAACUUGCUCGGAUUUGGCACUACUUCCAAUGAGCCCGAGAACAAAGAAUCCCAGCAACCUCCUGCUUCGCCCAAACCUCCUGUUUCAUCGAAACCUGCGUCGCCGAAGCCUGGCGCGGAUCUCAAGCUAGAUCUAGCACCUGUAAAUCUGGAGGCUGAGGCGUCAGGUGCUACUCCGGCAACAGAAGCUCCGUCUGUGCCUCCCACUCCGGGUGGCGAAUUUACUGCUCCUGGUAAGAAAAAGAAAAAGAAGGGCAAAGGGAAGGGAGCCGCUGCUGACAAGGACGAAGAUGAUGAUAACGCCAAGGCUGAGCAAGAAGCCAAGGAGAAGGCAGAGAAGGAAGCAAAGGAGAAGGAGGAACAGGAAGCUAAAGAGAAGGCUGACAAGGAGAAGCAGGAGCAGGAAGCGAGGGAAGCUGAAGAGAAGAAGAAAGAGGAAGAUGGGGCGAAGAACACGGCCGACGAGGCUGAUGCCUCUAAGACUGAAGGGGCGGCAGGAACGGAGGCUUCACCAAAGCCAGACGAGACCGCAGGAGACACGGUACCGCCUGAAGCUGCUCCUCCCGCAGAUGAUAAAGAAGAUGGUGAUGAGGAUGACGCGGAUGCUGCAAAGGCGCCUGACUUGUCCACACCUACAGCUUCAGGUGCAGGCGGGCCAAAGAAGAAGCAGCAGAAGAAGAAGGGUAAGAAGGGUCGGUAGACUUCGCACUAGUAGUAACAGUUAUGUCACGGGCUCUUAUAGCGGUCUCUGGUAGACUUGCGCUUUGCUUUCAUCCAUGCUUUGUAAUGUUUUAGUUUUUGUUGUAGAUUUACGGUGUAUCAUAUUGAAUACAUGUUAUACAUAGAUCCUGAUUCCGAAAAAAGAAUGAAGUCCAAUAAGUUAGUUGGA